UGCUCAUGCAACCACAAAAGAAUUAGUGAUAUCAGGCGAAAAGGCCUGGCAUGCAGUCAGCAAUCCAGUUCAUCCAAAAGGUGUUCAUUGGGGUUGGAAGUUAGGACUCUCAAGUUCUUCCAUACCAAUCUUGACAAACCAUGUUUUUAUGGACCUCUCUUUGUGCACAGGUGCAUUGUCAUGCAGGAACAGGUUUGGGCCUCUUUUGUUCCAGUGAGAGAAAUAUUCUUAAUUGCUACAGCAUACAUUGCCAUUCUAGAUGAUUGUGUGCUUCAAACGUUUUGGAAACAGUUUGGGGAAAGUUCACAUAUGGAUGUUAAGGUCAGGUGUCCACAUAUUAUUGGCCAUAUAGUGUAUUUAUACUGUAAUGGCAUUACUUACUUUUUUUUUUUUUACUGGAACUACUUAUGCUGGGAUUUGUGUCUCUAGAAUUGACUCUAAUUGAAAUUGCCAUGGAAACUUAGUCACUGAAAAUCUUUAGGCCAUCCUCAAUAAUUCCUUUAAGCCCACAAUCCUUGGAUUAAGGACCAGAACGAAAAGGCCUACUGGCACCUGGACAUGAACCAUUAUGCCACUAAGAAGAGUAUGGCCCAGAGCAUGCUUGACAUAGCUCUACUGAUGGCCAAUUCCUCUCAGCUAAAGACUGCACUGCAGGAGGGGCCUGAGUACCAAUACCAUCUCAUUGUACUCAUCAUUCUGUCCAUCACACGCCAGGUCAUUGUUGGCCGCCUUCUGAUCUUCAUUGUGAAACAUAACCUGAAUGAUGAAAGGAAGCAACCUAAACUGAAUAUGUUAAACAAUGUGGCUACAGUUUUCGUCUUCAUUACUCUCCUCGUCAAUGUCCUCAUCACUGCCUUGGGUUCUGAAUCUGGUCGGUGAUGGUGCACAAUUAUUGUUUUUAAACUAAAGUAUUAGUUUGAAGACUAUUUAUUGGACAAUGUUGGUUAUCUGUUCAGGUAAAUUAUAUACAUUUGUUUAGUUAUUAUUAGUGGAAUGUAGACAGUAGGAUUUUAGCAGUAUUUUAGCAGCUCAUAAACUGGG